GGGGAGACGCUCCGCUCCGCUCGGCUCGGCGGCGCCGCCUCAGCGGGCCGCGGCUGACGUUGGACAACAAAGAUGGCGGCGGGGAGCAGCAACUACUGGGAAGAUCUCAGGAAGCAGGCGAGGCAGCUGGAGAACGAGCUGGACCUGAAGCUAGUCUCCUUCAGCAAACUCUGCACCAGCUACAGCAGCACCCGAGACGGAAGGCGCGACAGGUAUAGCUCUGACACAACUCCUCUCUUAAAUGGAUCAAGCCAGGACAGAAUGUUUGAGGCCAUGGCUGUAGAGAUUGAACAACUUCUGGGAAAGCUUACUGGAAUCAAUGACAAAAUGGCAGAAUACACAAAUAGUGCUGGAGUCCCUUCCCUGAAUGCUGCCCUGAUGCACACGUUGCAGCGUCACAGAGACAUACUGCAGGAUUAUACACACGAAUUCCACAAAACCAAAGCAAACUUCUUGGCAAUACGAGAAAGGGAGAAUCUGUUGGGCUCAGUGAGGAAAGACAUUGAAUCAUAUAAAAGUGGAUCUGGAGUGAAUAACAGAAGAACAGAACUAUUCCUGAAGGAGCAUGAGCACCUUCGAAACUCAGAUCGACUGAUAGAAGAAACAAUAAGCAUUGCCAUGGCAACUAAAGAAAAUAUGACUUCUCAGAGAGGGAUGUUGAAGUCAAUACAAAGCAAGAUGAAUACCUUGGCUAAUCGUUUUCCAGCAGUGAACAGCCUGAUUCAAAGGAUCAACCUUCGGAAACGACGAGAUUCCUUCAUCUUGGGUGGCAUUAUUGGCAUCUGUACCAUCUUACUGCUGCUAUAUGCUUUUCAUUGAUGGAUGUUCCUCCCUGGACUCUGCUAAACUCAUCACCGCCAUCCCUUUCCCCCUAGGCAAGGAAAAGUGAGCAGGGGAAGUGACAGACCUCAAACAGCCAUCUCCUCGUGGCUGAGAGCAUCAGCACGGUGUCUAGAGCUUAUGAUGGUAGACUGUGACACUGGUUUUGGGUUAAGCUGCAGUGUUUCUCCUUCCCUGCCAUUACAUCUUCUUUUGGUUAAGUUUUGUGGGAUUUGUUUAUCUCUAAUUCCCUUUCUCACUGGGAGGUAAGUAACUGUGAGAUACUUACCAGAGCUGGAAGAACAGUUUCAGUGCUCAGUGGCACUGGGCAAGUCUGUUUUAGGCUGGUAAGUGGGAAAAGAUUUAGGCUUGCCUUGGAUGGAAACUACAGGAAGGCAGUUCUGUGGGCCAAGCACAGUCCUCCACACCUUUGCCCUGUGAGAAGGAUAUUGCAGCUUUAAGCCAUCAGGUUGCUUUACUACUAAAUACAUGUUCUGUAAUUCUUUUUAACUCAUGGGUGAGAUACUAAGGGGGUCUUUUUCUGCUUAAUUUGUGCUGUGAAAACUGUGCUUCACACAAACUCCUCAAAGUAAAAAACAGACCAACAAAAGGAUUGUUCACUUUUUGCACAGAAUAUGAAUUACCUACCCUCUGAGGAAGAUUUGCAAGGUUUCUUGUGGCUUUAAAGGGACUUACAACUCCCCCUUUGUAAAAAGGGAGCACAAUGUCCUAGCAACUGUUUACUAUAGUGUUCAGUCAUCUGAAAAGUGACCAAACAUGAGUGCACCUAAAAGCAGUCUUUUGGGUGUAAAUACUUUGUUGUCUGACAUCAUAAAGGUCUUUCUAAAGACAUGACGAGCAGUUUGAAAAGUCUGAUGCGUAAUUUAGAGACAGUUAUUCUAAUAGCAUUAAUAUUUUUACACUGUAAGUAGGAUGUAAGUUAAACUGUCAGCUGGAAAGAAUUCUGAUGGUUACACCUGAGGCAAAUGCAUCUGUGUGCAAAAAGUGUUGGACAUUAACUCCUCAUAGUACAGAACUGAAUGUGUGAAUAGCGAGUCACAGAAUCACAGAGUAUUAUUUACAUUACCUGAGAGGUGCGUGGGAGGGAAUCUUUGCUUGUCCAGCCAUGCAACAUGAAUGUGUUUGUGUCUCUAAACAAAGCUAAUGGCUUUGAUGUUGCAGAUUCACAAAUUAUGGGAUUUUCUGCUCUUUCAACAGCUCUCUCCUACCUGUCACAUGAUAACCCAAUAAAUUCCAGCUGAGGCACUGCAGUAUCUUCCCAAGAACUCCAUUAACUCUUUUCACAAUCAAUUUACAGCGCUCCUAACAGAUUUCUUGUCUGCCAUCCCCCACCAGUGUCAGAUUGCCUCCAGGUCCUUUUGUGGAGCAGAGCCUAGAGGGAUGGACACAAUUUUUUACUGCUUUUUCUAGUGUCUGUGAAGUACCUUUUGGAGGGAGUAGAGCCUCUGUGCCUGUGUAGCGUGCAAAAACCACACUGUCGCGCCUAAAACCUCUGUGUGGAUUCCAAGCUUUAUUUGCAGAAUAAUAACUGUGCUAAAGAAGUCAACAAAGGCUUCUGAUCAGUCAUCUUGUCACUGGGAUUAGAAGGCAUUUGGAGUUCCCACAUGUGGGGUUUGUUUUUUUAACUAAAGGAUGAUUAUUUGGUUGUUUUGGAACGCUCCUGGUUCGAAGGAAGUGUUGGUUAAAGGGGUUUGUGAACAUUGAUGGAUGAAGGAGGUUUAUUAACAAAUCCAUGUGCUGGGAGAUCAAACCUCUUCUCCUCGAUGCUUUUUCUUUGAUUCCACCACCACCCUAAGGGACCCUGGUCAGCAGUCAUGCUUCUGUUUAUGUUUUGUAGGAUUUGGUUGCUCUAUAGUUGGCAAUAUGAGAUCUGCGGUAUCGUAAAUAAAUCCACUUCUUUGAUCUGAUAACCAGUCUUUUUACUGGACUUAACUGAUUAUUUGGUGCAUAUAUUUAAUCUUAUUGUGUGAAAAAGCUGCUAUGGAAAAUAUGUAGAUUAUAAUACAUAUGUAAACAUAAUUGAUUUUUUAUGUUAUGAAAAUGUUAUGGAGGAACAGAUCUAUUUUAGUAUAAAAUAACAGAAAUAUACUGAAUUAUCUCUGAUAAAGCUUUACUGGAAAUGACUUCAGUGUUGGCAGCCCCUCUGGAGUUUUUAUUUGUGUUGGUUUCAAGACAGAGUUUUGUGUUGGGAAAAUACAUUUAAUUAACCUUGUAGUCUCCUCUUCACCAUCUUCUCGUGAGCAGUGCGAGCGGGCAUUCUGCUUUGCUCUCUGAAGUGGCCUCCUUGCAUUCAGCCAAGGGGAAGAGCUUGUUAAUCCUCCUGGACCUGUAGUGAGAGCAACAGACUGUAAAAUGAACACAGUGGAUUGUAGUAUUUAAUCUCAAAUCCCAAAAUAUGGGUUUGUAUGUCUCCUGUUGCUAAAUAUGUUCUCUGAGUUUUUCAUUCUGUGUGGUUCCUCUUGCUCUAAGGAAAGGAAAAAAAACAACCUGUGGUUAAAGAAUUCUCAUUUCUGCAAAUCCUGGCAAAACUGCAGUUUUGUAACACAACCAAAUAGAACUGUGCUAAGAAAAUCAUUGCCAAGCCACAGAAAUGAAGCCAGUAAAUCUAUCAUAUCUCUACAGGGCACAUUUCACAUACACACACUCUCUCUUCAGAUUUCUGCUUUAUUCUUGCCAUGACACAAGCACCUACUUCAGGCCCAUCCAGCAGCCCCUUAGCCAGGCCUCAGAACCUGAGGGAUCCCCUUGGGAAUUUUUGAUGCCCUGCUACAUGAGGAUUUUUAACCUUGCUCUUUAGAAUGGUCUUUUUUACAUGUUUUUGCUGAUCUUCAGGUUCUGGUUGCUAGAGCAGAGGAAUGGCAUUCUGACAGCAUCCAGGACUGUGUGUUCAGUCAAUAGUGAGCACAGUCUGCAGCCAAAACUGAUCCCCAGCCCUUUAUGCUCGAGCAAGGCAGGAGGAGGGCUUUGCCCUCUGUCUCUGGGACACCUCUGUGGUGCUUCUCUUCCUGGGAAGACCCAACAUUUUUUCUUAACCAAUAUUUAUUUCAGGAGCUGUUGCAUGUUGAAGUGUGGGACAAACUCCUGCUGGAUCAGUUACACUGAAUAAUCAACCAGAAUUCUUCAGCUGUAGUUUCAGAACCCCUUUCCUUGAUUGCUCUUAAAGAUUAGUGUGAGAAGAAAGAGUCAGUUCCUCACUGGAUGUUGAAAACAAAAGAGCAGAAGUAGAUUUUUAGGUGGUGUGGAAGUUGCAGAUAAGUUGCUGACAGCUUGUGCUCUGGGGCCAUGUCCUCUUAGGAGCUGCCAUCUGAAGCUCCCCCAAAACUGCCCAGGGAGCAAAGGCUGGUUCACCACUUGUCUGUGUGUAACCCAUUGCAUCAGGACUAUUUCACCUCUCUCCACAUAGCAGCCUGUUUCCCAAAAUCACUUGAUGCAUAACCUUUCCCUGUUUUUAUUUCCCCCCCUCCAAGCUCUCAUUUGAAGCAGGAGGGAAAUGUACCACCUGUGUCACUUCUGAGGGAGGAGAUCAUUCCAGAACCAUCUCUGAUGAUUAAACCCUUCAGAGCAGUGUGGGCCUGUUGAACAAUGUGCAGUACAGGAGACUGCAGUGAAAGACAUCCUGAGGCAAAACUGAGCCAUGUUCUAGGUAACAUCUGCAAGUCCUCUUGGUGCCCUGUGUCUGUCCUCUCAACUGUUGGUCUGUCUGCUACUGAGUGAGGAGAGCAGUUCACAUAAUCACUCAAGACAAAACCCUUUCUCAAAGAACAGCCCAGUCCAGCCCAUGGGAAUGAGUUUCUAAUUGCACUUUGAGAGCUUCUUGAAACUUAUUUUAUUGUCACUUGUAAUUAUUUUUGUCCUCACCUAUUGUGCAUUCUCUGUAUUGAAAACAAAAGGCUUUGAUAUGUAAUUUAAUAAUAAAUUAGAAUUCUAAGCAA